GCAAGCAAACUGUAUGACGUUUUCUUCUCAUUUGCAUACGUUGUUUAUAAAAGCUGCGGCUGCUCGAUUUCUCUCAGAUAACGGCAGUAUCUAGAACAAGCUGAAAUCUGCUGCAGAAAUGUCUGACAAACCAAACCUGGAGGAAGUGACCAGCUUCGACAAGAGCAAGCUGAAGAAAACUGAGACGCAGGAGAAAAACCCUCUGCCCUCAAAAGAAACUAUAGACCAGGAGAAGCAGGAGAGUGCAUAGUGAAUCUUCACAUCCUGUCAAGCACUGCCUUUAAUCACUUUCCUAAAAAUCUGCUUCACUUUUGUACAUUCUGACUGGAACCUCCUUUUAUAAAAGACCUCUAAAAAAGAUGGAUGUGGACUUUGAGAUUGUAAAGCGAAGGAAGAGAUGGAGCUUCAACUUCAUGUGGUCGAGAUUAUGGCGGGGCUUCGAGUUCAAAUGACAGAUUUCUGGGAGUUGAAGGUUUUAAAUACAAGUUUGAGAAUGUUUUGUAAAACUUAAAAUAUAUAAUAAAAUUUUAAAAAGUA